AUGGGUAAACUUGAUGGAAAAGUUGCUUAUAUCACUGGUGGUGCAGAAGGAAUAGGUUUCGCUACUGCUCAGCAGUUCGUUAGCGAGGGUGCUUACGUCUUCAUUACAGAUAUAAACCAAGAAAAGUUAGAUUUGGCAGUCGAACGAAUUGGUAAGCAAAGUAUCACAACAAUCGAAGCAGACGUAUCGAAACUCGAUGGACAUCGUCACGUGCACAAUGUAAUUAAGAAAGAAAAAGGUAAACUUGAUAUAAUCUUUGCCAAUGCAGGUCUUGCUGGUACAAUGCCGUUGGGGUCAAUUACUGAACAAUAUUUUGAUGAAAUGUUCAACGUCAAUGUUAAAGGUGUGCUGUUCACUGUUCAAGAAGUUUUACCACUUUUAAAUGAUGGUGCUUCGAUCAUUCUCAAUGCUUCUAUUGCUACUAUCAAAGGUCCACCAGCGUCGAGUAUAUAUAGUGCAACAAAAGCGGCGCUCCGUUCAUUUGCUCGUUCCUGGGCUGUUGAUUUGAAAUCUCGCCGAAUACGUGUCAAUACUAUUAGUCCAGGUCCAAUCGAUACAGCUAUGUUAUGGAAUAUGUAUGAUACCGAGGAGAAAUCCAAAGCAUUUGCUGAAAAAAUUACUACAGCUACAGUUCUCGGUCGAGUUGGUCACGCGGAUGAAGUCGCUCGUGCCGUCCUUUUUCUCGCCUCAAACGAUAGUUCGUACAUUACUGGUAUCGAACUUUUUGUUGAUGGUGGUAUCGCUCAAAUCUAG